UCUAAACUUCUCCCCACCCGCGAUUAAUCGUCUUUCAUCCACGAUGAUCGAAAUCGUCGUCCUCGCUCUAUUCGCCUCGCUGGCCCCCGCCGACCUCUCGUCGAUCUCCAAGCGCUCCGCCAUCGGGUGCCCGGAGACGUGCGACAAAUCCCGCUGCUCGCCCCCGCCCACGGCAGCCGAGUGCCCGGCUGGAGUGGCGCUGGACGCCUGCGACUGCUGCCCCGCGUGCGCGGCCGGUGAGGGGGAGCCGUGCGGCGGGGACGAGCGCCGCUGCGGCGAAGGUUUGACGUGCACGUUCAGCGACGGCGUGCCCGCCACCGGCACCGUGCGGCGCAGGGCUUCCACGGGGGUGUGCGUGUGCUCCAGCCCCGAGCCAGUGUGCGGCAGCGACGGCGUCACCUACGGCAACGUGUGCCGGCUCAGGCUGGAGAGCUUUCGGGCGGUCGAUGCCAGGCGACCGCCUGUCAUCCUCGUCCAGUGGGGCGCGUGCGGAGAGGGUCGGAGGAACCCUGAUAGUCUCCGCUUCAAGUACAACUUCAUCGCUGACGUAGUGGAGAAGAUCGCGCCCGCCGUCGUUCACAUCGAACUUUUCCGCAAGAUGGUUUAUUCCAAGCGCGAGGUGGCGGUUGCUAGUGGCUCGGGUUUCGUGGUGUCGGAGGACGGGGUCAUCGUCACCAACGCUCACGUGGUGGCUAAUAAACAUCGAGUCAAGGUUGAGCUAAAGAGCGGCGCCACGUUCGACGCCAAAAUCUUGGACGUGGACGAGAAGGCCGACAUCGCUCUUAUCAAAAUCGACAUCCGCAACAAACUUCCAGUUCUGCUGCUGGGCCGCUCGGCAGACCUCCGACCAGGCGAGUUCGUGGUGGCCAUCGGGAGCCCCUUCUCGCUCCAGAACACAGUCACCACCGGAAUCGUCAGCACUACCCAGCGGGGCGGCAAGGAGCUGGGUCUGCGCAACUCCGACAUGGACUACAUCCAGACCGAUGCUAUUAUCAAUUACGGCAACUCGGGAGGCCCGCUCGUCAACCUGGACGGCGAAGUGAUCGGUAUCAACACGCUGAAGGUGACGGCAGGAAUCUCUUUCGCCAUCCCGUCCGACAAAAUCCGAGAGUUCCUCGCAGAGUCGCACGACCGCCAAGUCAAAGGAAAGAACAGCGGCAAGAAGAAGUACAUUGGCAUCAGGAUGAUGAGCCUCACGCCAACUUUGGCUAAGGAGCUGAAGGACAGACGAUCGGACUUCCCGGACGUUACAUCCGGUGCAUACGUCAUCGAAGUCCUCAGCGGGACGCCCGCCGAAGCUGCCGGUCUGCGUGAAAGCGACGUGAUCAUCAGCAUCAACGGCGCACGCGUGGCGUCUGCCGGCGACGUGAGCGCUGCCAUCAGGCGCGACGACACGCUGCGGCUGGUGGUGCGGCGUGGCAACGAGGACAUCAUCGUCAGCGUGGUGCCCAACGACGUCGAGCCGUGAAGUGACUGACUGAACGCCUGCUGAGUUUCAACUUGUUGGUACGCGCCCAAGGACGCUAUGGACUUAAGACUUUGCGCACAGCAAAGACACGCAACUACUUGCGACUUGGCUGUCCAUCAAGUGGUCGCUAGGUUAAUCUACUUUUUUUGUGGGGGACUUUUAUUUUUAAGGACCUUUUUUUUUUAGAAUACAGUUAUUUUUUAACACAAUCUUUGCAUAGGAUUUUGGUUUUCAUCCUUUCAGAACGAGUAUUAUUUGGUCUCAAUUCAAUCUUGAGUGGAGCACCCUUGUGGCCUGGAGGCCACAUUGCACCCUUAUGUCGCACAAGAAACGACCUAAAAAAUCCAACCAAUUGACUUUUUUCUGUUUUUAAUGUGCUUCCAGUCAUUAAUGUCAUGUGUUACAAACACAAUGCUACUGAGCAGGUGGGCUCAACCGGGUCGCAAAAUGUGUCACGUGGUAAAUAUACACUCAUACAUUUUUUUUUUAGAAAAGAAUAACAAAAAAUAUCAACUAAAAUACAAAUAUUUUUUAAAAAGUACAAUUUUCAGUAUAAUGACAUUUAUUUAGUAAUAACAGGUCAUUAUGUCAGGUCACAUCAUGUCCGUUAAUUUGCUGUAUUGCUUGUGAGAGCAGUCAUUUUUUCAGGUAUCAAUACAUUGAGUAUAUUUCUUAUGAUUAUU